GAGGAGGAGGGUACCGAAGGAUGUUGUUGCCCCUCUAGGCCUCGGCUUGCCUCAGUAGCCCGACAGCCUGGUUGCCAUAACAACUCGCAAUCCUAGAGCGUCUCCGGCGCAGCUUGGGAGUCCCGGGUGGGUGGAGACAGGUCAUCCAAGAUGGGAGGAAAGAUAGCCGUCCGCCACUACCUUUCCCGACCUCGGAGUGUGUGCACAGCUUCCUCCCCGCCAAGGCAUGAAGAGCUACUUUGAGCCCAGGCCCCCAGCUUUCAUCGGUGACGGGAAGCCCUGCCCAGCCAAGCGAGGGGAACGCAGGGCGUCUUCACCCUGCGCCUUUCAUCCUCCACGGAUCUCCAAGCACCAGCUGGUUCAUCACCCCUCAUGACGCGAACCCUUUUAUGAGACCGCUUUCAUGUCAGCCGCUUGGGAGUGCCAUCUCAGCAUUAAGUCUAGAGAGGAGGACAUGGCGCCCCAGCCCCUGCCCCGGAGUUUAUAAGGCAGCUCAUGGGGUGGAAAGCUAACCAUGGGGAAGAGCUGCAAGGUGGUCGUGUGCGGCCAGGCCUCGGUGGGCAAAACUUCCAUUCUUGAGCAGCUCCUGUACGGGAACCAUGUUGUGGGUUCUGAGAUGAUUGAGACCCAGGAAGACAUCUACGUAGGCUCCAUUGAGACAGACCGAGGGGUGCGGGAGCAAGUGCGUUUCUACGAUACGCGGGGUCUCCGAGAUGGGGCCGAGCUGCCCAGGCACUGCUUCUCCUGCACUGAUGGCUACGUCCUGGUCUACAGCACAGACAGCCGAGAAUCGUUUCAGCGCGUUGAGCUGCUCAAGAAGGAAAUCGACAAGUCCAAGGACAAGAAGGAGGUCACCAUCGUGGUCCUUGGCAACAAGUGUGACCUGCAGGAGCAGCGUCGUGUCGACCCGGAUGUGGCACAGCAUUGGGCCAAGUCAGAGAAGGUGAAACUGUGGGAGGUGUCAGUGGCCGACCGCCGUUCCCUCCUGGAGCCUUUCAUCUACCUGGCCAGCAAGAUGACCCAGCCCCAGAGCAAGUCCGCCUUCCCUCUCAGCCGCAAGAACAAGGGCAGUGGCUCCCUGGAUGGCUGAAGGGCUGCCCUUCUGUCUUUACCGUUCCAACCCCAUUCCAGGAUGGGCUGAGGGCACAGGGGCGCAGAAGCAAGCUGUUCUUCCAAUCAGUAAGGGAACGACCCUCCAGGCCAGGAAGCUGGGCCGGCCCAGGCCAGUGCUACUUUUGUCCCCUCUUAACUCCAAGAAGUGCAAGAGAACUUGAUUGCUGGCCUUCCCCGUGACCCUUCCAUGAUAGCCCACCCUGCCCCCAGCUCACAUCACAUUUUCUCCACAGUCACCUGGACACUUAGGGUACAUAGUGUCUCUUCCAUCUGCCUGGGCAGGAAGCAGGGCUGUCAUGCCAAAGUGCCCAGUCCAGGGUCUAGCUCCUAUCAGGGAUUCCAGCUCUCUAAAUUUCCUGCCAGUAACCCAGCACCAACCUGGGCCUGAGAAAGGGACCAGGUAUUGUGAGCGCACGGUUAUACUUGCUGAUCUUAGGUUUGGCUCCUCGUCCCUCACCCUGACCUUUCCCCUGGCCUGUCCAAGGCUGGGAAAAGCCAGGCUUCUGGGAGUGGCGUUUUCUGUUUGACCUCCACCCAUCUCCCAGCCGUUUCACUUCCUCUUCCUGCUCUGGGAGCAGAGGCCUCAUUGGUUGCGGUGGAGUGGAAUGAUGACUGGCCUGUCCGUCACCCUGUGACCUCCCAAGGCCAUUCUUCUCUGGGCGUCAGUUUUCUCAUCUGUGAUUUGACAGGAGCUUGGAUACUCGGUAGUUUUCUACACUAGGUGGCUUGGGCCUCCUGUGUCUCUGCCCCUGCUUCACCCUCUUCAAGGUGCUAUACCUACCAGCCCUGGCGGCUGGACCAGCCUCUGCUAACCACCAGGGGGCAGGAGCGCACUCUGUGCGCCGAGGAGCACCGUCUGGACCCACCCGUAGGGCUGGUGUCCAUCCCUCGGGGUUGUUUUCGGCUAGUGGCUGGAUUUAUAUUUAUAUUCUCUGUAUGUGUCUGCCUGCUACCCUGGUGAAGGUGGGAUAAGCCCCUCCUCCAGCCCUUCCUUCUUACCUCAGAUGCCUGAACAGAACCAGGCAAACCAGUAGCAGCUUCCUGGGAGCUGCCAGGCCUUGCAUCCGGGGUUGUGCUCUCAAGGGAGCCCGUAACCCACAACUUCUGGUGCCCACCUUGAGCCUCUGAUGCGCGCACCUCACGUGAGUUAGACACUACAGCCAGGCCACCUCCUGUACCACCCUCCUCUUCAGAGCACGCGAGAAGGGGCUGGUGCCCAGGGAGAGUCAGGGCAUCUACAGGCUCAGGCUUGAAGUUCAUUUAUUAAUGUGUUGGACACAAUAAAACCACAACUGCUGUUAUCAAAAA